AUGAAAUUUGGUUUUACUGUCAGCAGCAGUUCUCCAGAUACAAGUAGUGGGGACGAAUCGUGUGUUUGGAUAAGUGGUGAUGAAAACGAUGGAGGAUCGAUGGAAAAGAGUAAGGAUAAACAAUCUUUAGGAGUGCAAAAUAUCUCAUCACAUGGUCUGCUGGAACAAACAGAGAGUGCCACACAUACAACCACUAGUUCAUUAAAUCAUUCUGCUCUGGUAUCAAUGCUCAAAGAAAAUAAGAUGAACUGGAUUUCGUUCGUUGAGAAAUUGAAACUAAACAUUAACAACUUAUCAGAAGGUAGUUUAGAGGAACUUGUUAAAGAUCUUGCCAGCUUUAUUCCCAAAAGUGAUCUAACUGACGCAGAGAAAAAUUGUGCAGACCAAUCUUAUCAAGCAUACCUUGCUGUCAGACAGGGAGCUUGCAGAGAAGAUCAAGAAUUUGUUACUGAAUCAGAAAGUGACGACCCAGAAGACUGGGUUCAACUGAAAGAAGCUACAGCUGAAUCAUCCCAACUGCAGAACAAAAUUAAAAAACAGGCCAUUAUUCUAAAAAAAUACAAAAAGCGCCUUAUUGCCAAAGAUGUUGCUCGCCUUUGCAUACUUAAAAGGAAAGUUCCCAAUCGUGUAUCCAAAACUGUUUUAAAAUAUCCCAAUAUUGGAAAAGACAUUGAAAAAUUCGCUCGCGAAAAUCCAAUUGGGGCAGAUUCCUGGAGAAAAACAGGACUGUUGACUUUCAGUGGAAAUACUAAACGGGGGCCAAAGCUUACUUAUAAACGCAUCCAGGCACACCUGGAAGAGAAGUAUGGAGUUCGGUUUGGUUAUGGUACUGUUGUUCAACUGUGCUGCGUUAAGAAUAAAAGAAAGCUUUCUGCGAAGAGGUAUUUUGGUGUCGCUAAGAUUGUCUCAAAACGGGCCAGGAAAGGUUUUUCAGUUAAACUUAACGUUGAUGCUCACUGGAGCUGUGCCUUGUACAAUGGAUUAGAUUUCCUACAACUUAAAGAUGGAAGAGAUAAAAUGAUUUUGAAUAGGGAUGACGCAGCUGGCUUUCGGCUAGACUCCACGUUUACACAUAAACAACACAAGAUUCUCGCAGAAGCUGGAAAUCCCGAGCUGACUACACGGACGACUGACUUCUUAAAUAAAUAUACUGCAACUUUGCAAACAUCAUCGUAUAUGUUUUUGGAGACAGAAACUACACCAGAAACUUGCAUAGGAGUGGUUAAAGCUCACAAGGUACAUCACAAGAAUCCAGCUCAACAUGCUAGUGACUUGGAAAUGUUGGAAAGUAAUGAUGAAGCCAAGUCUUCCCUUGCUGGCCAAAUUGACUGUAUCAGAGUAGAUGGUGCCACAGAUGAGGGACCAUCCCACUAUGAAGUGCAGUUUAUGUGGACAGAAAGACACAUUAAUCAUGGUAAAAUUUGCACAAUGGUGACUACAAGAUUUGCAGGAGGAAGUUAUCUCAACAAGGUUGAAUUACAGAACGGUUGUCUUGCUCUAGGACAUUCUAAUGUAUAUAUACCAUCCACAAUCCAUGGCUCCAACAUUGUUAAUGGUGAAUUGGAUCAAGAAAAGCUGUGUAAGAAUCUUGAAGCUGCAAUAACUGUCUACACCAAUACAGUUAAUGGUUCUCCUUGUGGUGGUAAGCCUAUCCAUUUGACAAGGGGCAGCACUGAUGAAUUUAGCAAGAAGAAACAGGAAAGGCGUAAUCGAUUGUUAAUUUUUUUGAGAGAAUCUAAAAAGAAAAAGAAGGAACUUCAGGAAGGACACCCUGAAGAAUACAACUAUUUCCUAAAAAUUUGGCGUGUUAGAGAAGACCACAUGGUGAAAGAUUUGCCUGAAAACUACAUCCUCAUGCUAGUUCCCUGCUACAAACGAGACUGUGUGCAUCCAGUUUGUCGUAAAGGUUGUCCUGAAAAAGAAGCAACAUGGUUCAAAGAUGGUCCUCCCAUUACCUUCAUCCCGCUUCCUAUUCCAGACCCUAAAAGACCUUUUGGAGGUAACUGUGAAAAUUGCAAACAAAAUAAACAAAAUUGUACCGGUCAUUAUCUACCACCUGAACUGCAAUAUGAAUGGACAGUAAAGAAUGGAAUGAACUAUUCUGUCCAGCCUCCGAGUAAAAUACUCAAGAUAUUUGCAAAGACCCAUGCAACAUUCACCGAAGAUGAUGUAAAAUUACUUGCAUCUGAAUGUUUAUUGAGCGAAUCGGAUGUUCAAAUGUGGCUAGAAAAUGUGAACAAUGGGAAAAAAAGGAAAGGUGGGUAUUUUACAAGUUGAGUUAUAAAGGUAAAUUAUUUAACAUUGCGAUAUAGGUCCUCCGGCUGCCAAUAGUUAGCUGGACGUUCUAGCCAGUAUUUUUUAGAAUAAGUUACUCUUGUAACUACGCAUAAGCACAAUGCACUUUGCUUGCUAAUAUCUUCAAAAACGGUUUAUUUUCAAACCAAAGAAAAGCUGUUAAAUAAAUAAUGAUCACAAUUAUUUACUUAUUCAGCAGCAACACAGAACAAAAGUAAGAGGGUUGAUAAGAAUCAAAAGGAAGAUGAGAAUGAAAAGGCUGAUGAGAAUAAAAAGGAUGAUGAGAAUGAAAAGGAUGAUGAUGAAGAUGAUGAUGUUUAUUGCAUAUGCAUGCAGCCUUGGGACGGCAGGUCAGAGUACGAGGCCUAUUUAAAAGAGUAUACACAGUGCUGUCACUGUUGUGUCCGUUUCUCAUUUGCAUUCAAACAAGUAUGUGGUUUGUUCUUAGGUUUAUGAUCCAGUGUGACACCUGUGAGAUGUGGUAUCAUGGUAGUUGUGUGGGAAUCGAAGAAGAUGAAGCCGACUUGAUUGACGAUUACCAAUGUGAUUUAUGUGGUUGA